AUGCCUUUUGCACCUGAUGAUCUGAGCGACGCCAGCAACAAAGCAUCGGCUGUCUCCUGUCAGAUCUUCGAGGCGGGAGCCGGCAGUAGCCGCUCCGAAUGGACUCCUUUGUUCAAGCAUGAAAUACGUUUCGAGCCGGCCAUAUUCGACCAGGUGAUGCUAAAUCUGAUCCGCAACCCGAAUAUCAACUCGUCCUGGCUCUUUCGGGCAGACAUUCUACUGGACCAUGUUGCCGGCUCAGAAGCCUCUGAGAUCUCUUUCGACAACCAGCCACUAGUUCCAAGCUUCUCCGGACUCGAGGAAAGGCGGCGUUUAGUUCGCCGAAUGGUCCCUCGCAACGAGCUGCGAGAUAAGCCCCUCGACCAGACAUGCGUGUUCUACACGGGGAGCACACCACAAGGCCUACAACAGUCUCUGAUCAUCUACCUUCCACAUUCCAAGUCAGAGUCUGAUAUUCCCUUUUAUCACCCGACCGUGAGAGGCAUUGCCUUCGUCCAUGAUUGGAACCCAGAACAGUCUCGAGGCAUUAUUUCCAUUCACUACUGUUACUUUGAGGGGAGCAAGCGAGAUGAGAAACUCACGAGAACGGCACUCAACCUGCUCAGGGUGGCAUACAAGCAUGGCGGGGGCCAAGCGGACGGCUAUAAAAAGCGUGUCCAUCACGAUGUGUUAGUUCCACAAGCAGCGCUUCAGAACAGAUAUGCCACGUUGAAGAAGAAGUACGCUCGGUCUCUCGUCGAGGGCUGGGAGGAGGUUACUGACCCUGGCAAACACGUCUUCGAGGAUAUCUGCAUUGCAGCUUUUCUCAUCGAACUAUGGGAAGACAUGUACAAGGAUUCCGAGUUCCCAGGCUGGGUAGAUAUUGGCUGUGGGAAUGGUCUCCUCACGCACAUCCUGAAUAGGGAGAACUACCCCGGAUGGGGCUUCGAUGCACGGGCAAGAAGGUCGUGGCUGAAGUACAGCACAGAAGUCCGAGUUCGAACUUCGCCCGACAGCUUCGUAGAGCGACAGUCAUUAGAGACCCGCAUCCUCCUGCCAUCUGUCAUCAGUGGUCUGCAGCCAGACGGCGAAGAAAGGCUCCAUGACGGGCUGAUCCACGACGGACUCUUUCCUCCCAAGACCUUCAUUAUCUCGAACCACGCCGAUGAGCUCACGCCGUGGACACCCAUCCUGGCGAGACUCUCGGACUGCCCAUUUAUCAUGAUCCCGUGCUGCAGUCACAACCUCACCGGUGCGAGGUUCCGCGCCCCGCCGCCCAAGGAUAAGGCAGAAUCAUCAUCGGUAUACAAUUCUCUUUGUGCCUGGGUUGUUGAGAUCGCAAAGGACUGUGGCUGGGAGGUCGAGAAAGAGAUGCUGCGGAUUCCAAGUACGAGGAACGCAGCAUUUGUGGGUCGACGCUUGACCAACGAUGCCGAGCUUGAUGUGCAGACGCUCUUGCAGAAGUAUGGAGGGACACAGGGGUACUACGACAACGCGAUGAAGCUGCUCAAAGCAUCAACUCGUGGCCACUAG